AUGUCUCUACCCUCUCCCUCGAGAGCGCAUUUCGAAUCCGAUAUCCUACCUUUGGAUCCUGCGACUGGCAUCGACCAGGCACCUGCUCUGUCUUCUUCCGGCGCCUUAGCGAGAUUCGAGUUCGAAGCUGGAAGGGGCAAUGAUGGAACCAAGAUACUCAUGGUAGAAUGGGAAGACGAGGAAGAAGGAGCAGAAGUGUGCACUGGCAAUUGGGAAAUUUCGUGGGAGGGAAAAAGCACAGUACUGCCAGCCAGAGCUGGCGCGGAUGGAAAACUGCAUCGAUUGUAUUUUCUCUUGACCCCAGGAGUAACGGUACCGCGGAUAGUGAAGCUGGCACAAAAGGGCGGGAGGACGAUGCAGACAAAUCCAUUACCAGCUCUCUUUCCACCAGAGCUAGGCGUGAGUGCGACAACUGCUGGCAAGAAAGGCGUGCUUCAUACAAUUUAUGCUAAGCAACGGUUAUCUGCCCUACAGAAAGAGAUUGAUGUAGAGAUGUUAAACGGGGAGGGAGUAGGAUUAGAAAUGGCCAUACAAGAGAAACAAUGGCUCGAAGAGCAUUUUGGCGUUGGCGCAAAGGUGGUGCCUGAAUCUCAGCAUCCCAUUUCCCCCACAAGUCCGAAAUCCCCCUCAGGAGGUCGUUUAGCGGAAAAGCUUAAGGGGCUUAAGCUGGGAACCAGCACUGCUCAAUUGAGUACUUCAACAGGCAAUGAGUCUACGAAAUUGGAUCAAUCAUUGCAUCCUUUAUCUCCGGAGAUGGGCGAUGUAGCUGUAUCUUCAUUUGCACUCUUUCACAGCGCUAGUGCAUCGGCUCGACCACCACGGAUAGUCGCACAAAUCCCUCCUGAUCAUCUUCUGGCGAGGCAAAGCGCAUCGCUUAGCGGCAGUCGAAUCAACUCUCUAGAUGCUGUUACGAGCGGACAUGUUCCUUCGCAGGACGACAACGCAGAAGAUGACCUGUUCGCUGUCCGGAUGAGUCCGCGAUCGCCCGAGAUGACCAAAAGCCCAUUUAGUUUCACAAGUCAAGACACAGCACCUUGGUUGAAAACGGGAGAGUGA